AUUUCAGACGUCACCGUUGUGCUUCGGUUAUCGCCAAGCAAAAAAUGUCUGCCUAAGGGAAACUCGCAAGUUAUAUAGUGGAUAUUUGCCAUAUACAAUCGCAAGAGAUACAGAUUUAAUUAUCUGUCCGACGCGAGACAAGGAACCCCACGCCGUCACUGGCACACCCGAUCGCCCUAGUUGGAUUUUUGACAACAAAAAAGAUUUAGAAAAGGAUCGUAAGGAUGAACCCUCAGCAGCGGAUUGCCGCUAUCGGGACGGAUAAGGAACUGAGUGAUCUGCUGGAUUUCAGCGCGAUGUUUUCUCCACCUGUAAACAGUGGUAAAAACAGGCCGACCACUCUUGGAAGCAGCCAGUUCAGCACAACAGGUAUGGAUGAGAGGACAAGCCAAGCAUCAUGGGCCUCAGGUGGCCAGUCCAGCCCGUCCUAUGAGUCCUCCAGGGGGUUUGGAGACAGCACUCAUUAUGCUGAUCACUUGAGUGACAGUCGAUUAGUGUCCCAUGAAGGAUUGUCCCCAACACCUUUCAUGAGCUCCAGCACAAUGGGCAAGUCUGAGAGGCCUCCGUUCUCUGGUUAUGGAAGAGAGCCAGGCAUUUCUGGAUGCCAGUCUAGUAUGAGGUCAGACAUGGGGCUGGCGAGUCCGGGGCCCGUCACCACCUCUGGGAAGUCGCCCACUCCAUUCUACUCUUAUACUGGCUCCAAUCCACGAAGACGCUCCCUACAGGACUCUGCUUCACUAGAUCCGCUGCAAACAAAGAAAGUGCGCAAGCCCCCUCCUGGCCUGCCUACAUCUGUGUAUGCACCAUCUCCCAGCUCAGAAGACUUCAACAGAGACUCUCCAUCCUACCCGUCCCCCAAACCCCCCAGCAGUAUGUUUGGAAGCACUUUCUUCGACGGGACCCACAAUUCCUCUGACCUGUGGAACUCUUCCAGUGGGAUCAGCCAGCCAGGCUAUGGGGGAAUGCUGGGAGGAUCUUCAUCUCACAUGCCACAGUCUGGAAACUACAGCAACUUGCACUCACACGACAGCCUGAACUACCCACCGCACUCGGUGUCGCCCACAGACAUUAACGCCAGCCUGCCACCCAUGUCCAGCUUCCACCGCGGCAGUACCAGCACCUCACCCUUUGUCACCGCAUCUCACACCCCGCCAGUCAACACCGCAGAGGGAGUUAUGGCUGCUGCCAACCGAGGGAACGCCACUGGAAGCUCUCAGACUGGAGACGCGCUGGGAAAAGCCCUGGCUUCGAUUUAUUCUCCUGACCACACCAGCAGUAGUUUCCCCUCGAACCCCUCCACUCCAGUGGGCUCUCCCUCUCCUCUGACGGCUCAGGCGGGUGCUGGCUCAGCAGGUACAGUGGUGACAGCCAGCGGCCCCACAGGAAGGGCAGGUACAACACAGUGGCCCCGCGCAACCGGACAGGCACCUUCCUCCCCAAACUAUGAGAACUCCCUUCACUCUCUGAAAAAUCGUGUGCACCAGCAGCUUCAUGAGCAUCUGCAGGAUGCCAUGUCCUUCUUAAAAGAUGUCUGCGAGUCUCGGAUGGAGGACAGGCUGGACGAUGCAAUCCGUGUCCUGCGGAAUCACGCUGUGGGCUCCACUGCCGCCCUGUCUAGCGACAUCCACAGCCUGUUAGGACAAGCGCACAACGGGCCAAUCUCUGCCAUCGGCACCAGUUUCCCAGCUUCUGGAUUGGUCACCAACCGAACAGCACAAAUGGGCUCUGUUCACUGCGAAGAGACCGUCAGCCUGAACAACAACCACGGCAGCCUGCAAGCCAACACCAGUCCUCGCUCCAGCUCGGAGCUCAACCACCAAGCAGACACGUUCAGAGGACUGGUUAGCGCUCUGGUCAGUCAGGUUGCUCCUAAUCUGGACCUGAAAGUCGAGAAUCAUGAAAAAGAUGAAAUGCAUGAUAGCCACUCCUCCGACGACCUCAAAUCAGAUGACGAGAGUGAAAAAAGGGAUAUGAAGCAGAAUCGGGGAAGCACUCGAACAAGCAGUAUCAAUGAAGACGAGGACCUGAACCCCGAGCAGAAGGCAGAGCGCGAGCGGGAGAGGAGGAUGGCCAACAACGCCCGAGAGAGGCUGCGCGUCCGGGACAUCAACGAGGCGUUCAAAGAGCUGGGCCGCAUGUGUCAGCUGCACUUGAAGAGCGAGAAGCCCCAGACCAAACUGCUCAUUCUUCACCAGGCCGUCGCUGUCAUUCUCAGCCUCGAACAGCAAGUCAGAGAGAGGAACCUAAACCCCAAAGCAGCCUGCCUUAAGAGGAGGGAGGAAGAGAAAGUGUCAGGGGUUUCAGGUGACCCCCAGCAAGCCCACCCGCCUGUGCACCCGGGCCUCACAGACACAUCCAACCCCAUGGGCCAUCUGUGAACAGCCAGAUCAAAUGGAUCCCGAUGGAGUGUGUUAGACAGAGUCGGUGACCUUGCUUUCCACGGGCGGACAGGAAUCGCAGUUUGUGACACAAAUUUGAAAAGACAGACCACUCGAAGCCAAAUUCCACCGUUAAGCAAUCCUGAGAUAGAAGAAAACUGGCAAGUGCCCAGCUCCCCGUGAAGACAUCCCAUAUCAAUAAGCGACUUUUUGCCCACCAGAGAAAAAAUCAAGCAUCAAAGCCCCUCAGCACAUAUCGCCGUCUGCAAGCCGUGUGCCGCAGCUGUACAAUCAGAGACUGUCGCCACCCCUCCACCCUGGACGUGGAAGUUGCCUUGUGCCUAAACUGAAUUGACGAAUGCAUUGUAACAGGUUUUUUGUUUUGUUUUUUUUCUAUUUAUUAUGUUACUAAGCUGUAAGUCUGUGUUUAAAGGGAAAGUUCUGACAUCGCUAUGAGAAGCUGGUGGCGUUUCAGUAGAUCUGCAGUUUGUCAUGUGCUGUCCGCAGCCUCUCUCCUGUCGGGCCUCUCCAGUCGAUGAGAUUAACAUAUUCAGAUCAUAUUCCAUGCCCCCGUGAAAGAUUCGGAUGGUGUUUGAACAUUCAAAGACUCCAGGAUCCCUGUGUCUGAAAAAAGAAACAAUAUAUUAUUUAUAUUUAUCAUACAUUCAUUCCACAAAUAACAGCAUGAGAAACCACACCUACCUAAUUCUGUAUGACUCACAGACAGAAAGUUAUGAAUGAGGCGGAUUGGGAUCAGCCUGUGCUUUUUCGACUAGAUUCCCUGUGUCGUGGAGAUGAUGGUUGAAUGGCAAACUCUGGCUUUACUGAAAGGUCAAAGGUCAAACACAAGCUGGCAUGUUUAUACUCAUUAGUGAGCAGUACAGAAACGGAAAGCAGAAAGAUACAAAACCCCAGCAUUCCCUGCAUAUUUCUUAGUGUCUUAAACGGGAAAGGGGACGCAGUCUCGUCCUUUUGAUUCCUUUGCCAUAUAGUGUUAUGGGCAAAGAGAAAGACGGAUUUCCGAUUCAGUUGUUUUGUAUUGACACGUUACUUUAUUUGGUGGAACAGCCGAGGGCAUCUGUACUGAGGAACCUCUGUUGUACCGUGAGACAUGGCACUGUUGGAUUUCAAACGAAGACCAUUCAUUCACCUGGCCUGAACUGAAGUUUUGUUUUGUGUUCUUUUAUUUUUCUAAAACCAUUAACAAUUAAAAAAAAAAAAAAGAGAGAGAGAAAAAAUACUUAAAGUAACCACAUGUUAAUUUUGUUUAUUUGUAAUUGUAUACAAAGCAACUCUCUAGGCUUCAUAGUACAGCGUAUAUUUGUCGUGUGAAAAUAGAAGGAUGUUCUAAGUUUCUUAGAAUGGCUUUGUCUUUCCCUGCUUGCAUUGAAAUACUUGAUACUUGAGCAGCAGAAUGUGAGCGCAAAGUCUGUUCGAAAAAGAGAAACGCUGUGAAGCAUUCAAAUCAGCAAACAGUGGAAAUGAUGAACAAAGACAGUUUGGAGCAGGAUUUUUCUCAGCCGUUACUUGUUUUCUUUGUAAAUCUAAAGAAAGCAGCAGUCACCACUUUCAUUUUUUAAAGUAUGCAUUUUUCUUUAAGACCAAAACUUUUUUUUUUUGUCUUGCUUGGAAUCUCUUUUUCUGCCCUGUCUGUCUUCCAUGUGUUCACACCAUUGAAACAAGACUGCCACAUUCUCAAGUGAAUCACUCUCUCAAAUACAAAGUCAAAAGAACAAAACUUAAGGAAAGAUUUCAGAACAUCAGCAUUAUUUUUUCUUUCUUUGCUCUAUGGAAAGUUUCCUUCCUUAACAAAAUUGUGAAAUCCACUAGUAUACAUUUCAGUAUUCAAGAGCUUGUAUUUUUGCCGGCUAAAAAAUGAAUCAAGGUUAUGAGUCAUCUUUUUGUCUGUUGUUUUGUUUUGCCUGUUUUUCUCCCCCUUUUCUUUUUUUCCGUUCUGUUUUUCUCUAUUGGAUAUGUUAGAUUUUGCUGUAUGCCCUGAUGCUUUCCCUCAUAACAGAAAAGGAUAAAAAAAAAAAAAAAAAAAAAAAAACCUUUGGCUUAUUUUUCAGUAUAGUUAGUCUUUUAUACAAUAAUAUUGUAAGAACAUUUCUUGAAUUCUAAAUAUUACUCUUUCUAGAUUUUUGAAAUCAAAAGUUUUGAGUAAAAAAUUUCUUACUUUAUUUUACUAUAUUAGAUAGUAAAAAAAAAAAUGUACGGUUAUUUACCAUAACCUUUCCAUUAUUAUAAAAAAAGACUAUGGAUAGCAUCUUAAGAACAUAAGUAGGAUUGUAGCUGGCAGUCUAGUACGUAUGGGGUAUUGUACGAGCUCUCCAUCUCUGUGUCCAGUCUGCAUAGUUGGUUGAUGAACGAUUCGUACCCAUGUCAAAAUUCAAGGUAUUGUCAAUGCACAUCAGAAAACCAGCAGUAAGUCGAAUUCUUUUUUUUCUGUCUCUGUAACAGAAAACACAAUAUUGUAUAUAACAUUUAUGUAGCAAUAAAUGUGCCAU